AGACACCAUAUCCAUACCCAGCAACAUAUGCGCACAAUGGGGGACAUUCUUGAAGAAAUCCUUCAAAUUGUUGAGCGUGUAGGAGAUAUAAACUCCGAAGAUGUAGCGGGCUGGCUUGAAAAGGACCACCAGCAGAUCGUAGGAGCCAUUAAAAGUCUACAAUCCUUAGGAAAGCUUAUUGAGGCCGAGCAGCAGACUUCCAAACAAUGGGAGCUAACUGCAGAAGGGACGGAGAUGGUCAAUAACGGCAGCCAUGAAGCAGCAGUAUAUAACGCUGUUCCUUCUGAGGGAAUUACCCAAGCUGAACUCAUGAAGACUGUUCCGAAUGCUAAAAUAGGAUUUAGCAAGGCAAUGUCUGCAGGAUGGUUGGAGGUCAACAAGAAAUGUGAAGGUGGUCCAAGAGUUCUGAGAAAGGUCUCCUCCAUAGAAGAUAAAGUACAGUUACAGCUCCAAAGAAUCAGACAGGGGAACGUUGAAAUAAUAACAGAUAAAGAAAGGGCGGAACUUAAGAAGAGAAAGCUCAUUACUGAAGUGACAAGAAAUACUUUCCUGAUCAAGAAGGGAGAAGAAUUCAGCACAAAGAUUCAGAAACCAGAGACCGAUCUUACUCCUGAUAUGAUCAUGAAAGGAACAUGGAAGGACCAUAAAUUCAAAGAUUAUAACUUUGAAGCUCUUGGUGUCACGAUCCCGUCCGGUCACCUUCAUCCGCUUCUCAAGGUCAGGUCACAGUUCAGACAAAUCUUCUUGGAAAUGGGAUUUACGGAGAUGCCCACCAAUAAUUUCAUUGAGAGUUCUUUCUGGAACUUCGAUGCUCUCUUCCAACCCCAACAACAUCCAGCAAGAGAUAGCCAUGAUACAUUCUUCAUCAAAGAUCCUGCUAAUGCCACUCAAUUUCCCAUGGACUAUCUUGAGAGAGUAAAGACAGUACAUUCCAAGGGAGGUUAUGGCUCACAGGGAUACCAGUAUGACUGGAAGAUAGAGGAAGCUAGGAAGAAUAUCCUGAGAACACAUACCACUGCUGUCAGUACAAGGAUGCUGUAUAAACUAGGACAACAGGAGACAUUCACACCAGUAAAGUACUUCUCAAUCGAUCGAGUAUUCAGGAACGAGAGUUUGGAUGCCACCCAUUUAGCGGAGUUCCAUCAGGUCGAAGGACUAGUUGCUGAUUACAACUUAACUCUAGGUGACCUGAUUGGCGUCAUUUAUGAGUUUUUCAAGAAACUAGGCAUGUACAAGUUACGUUUCAAGCCGGCUUUCAAUCCCUACACGGAACCCAGUAUGGAGAUCUUUGGCUACCAUGAAGGACUGAAGAAGUGGGUGGAGCUUGGUAACUCAGGAGUCUUCAGACCAGAGAUGCUGCUUCCAAUGGGUCUACCAGAAGAUGUGGUAGUCAUUGCGUGGGGGCUGUCAUUAGAAAGACCAACCAUGAUCAAGUAUGGAAUGGACAACAUCCGCGACCUCUUCGGCCCCCGGGUCAACCUACAGAUGGUGUAUGAUAAUCCUAUAUGUAGACUAGAUAAAUAAGUAAAUGAGAUAUAUAGUACAAUUAUAAACAUCCCAAUACAGAAAGAUGAUACUUCUUCCAUUGUAUUUUGUGUAGAACGUGAAAAGAAGCUAUUCCUUUUGUUUUCAGUGUUGUAAAUCUCAACUCCAGGGGCCCGUUAACACAAAGCCUAGCAACCAUUGUCAAAAAAAUUAUUUAAGAUUGAUUGCAUUGACUACAAUGUACAAUCAGUCGUGAAAGAUCAAGCGUAAGAUCUAUCACUACCCUCUGUGUUAUUGGACCCAAGAGAGCAUUACAUGAAGAGAUUUUACCACUGAUUUCACCGACAACUGUUAUAAGCCAUUGAAAAUCCUUUCAUCUGAUUGGCUAAGAGCAAGU